CUGGCACCCCACCAGCCCCCAGGCCAUCAGACCAUGAGGCUCUUGGCUGUUAUUGGGGGAUUUAGAAUGAUGGCCUCCUGGCAAGCUCGUGCAGAAUAAUACAGCCCUCGCUCAGACACUUCAAUCUGAAGAAGGACGUCACAACCAUCGCCUCCAACACCACUAUGUCGUACAUCCACACCAACAACGGAUUCCCCCCCGGACUGGAACAUUCGGACCCUUCUCUGGACCCGAUGUUCCUGUGUCAGUGGAUCGGACCAGAUGGAUCGUACUGCAACUACCCACUUUUCCCCCGCGAACUUUCUGCUCACCUCCUUGAAUUUCACGGAAUUCGUGGUCCAGAUAACUUGCGCGUUCGUUGCUUCUGGAAUAAUUGCAACAAGGAGCUCAACAAAGAGAGUCUGUCGAGGCAUGUGGAGGAAACGCACCGCAGGAUCAAAUAUACUUGCGGCGCCUGCAGCAAAACGUUCACGCGCAGUUACAACCUCGCCAAGCACCAGAACAAUUGCCCAGCUCAACAGCAGUAGAUUAUCAUUUCGGUAGUCUCAUAAGUCGGGUAGAUGCUGGGAAAAGGAACCAUAUGGUGGAUAUUCGAAGCCUUCGUGAUUGACUAACUCAAAUGUGUCUUGCAUUUCUGACGUCAGUUUGUGCUUCUAUGGACUUGUGUAUUCCUUUAUUCCAUCUACCCCAGUGAUGAAUGGUUUAAUUCUUGUAUGAGUCCAUAUAUUUGAAUUGGAUGUUAACAGCGGUC